AUAUAAAACCAUCCUAUUGAUUCAUGAAGCUGUGCAAAAGAGAUGGAUCAAAAGCUUGAAAUAAGAGGCAAAGUAUGUGUGACAGGGGCUUCCGGGUAUCUGGCUUCUUGGCUUGUCAAGCGACUCCUCUUGUCUGGCUAUCAUGUUAUCGGAACCGUCAGAAACCCUGGAAAUGAAAAGUUGGCAUUUCUGUGGGAAUUGGAAGGAGCAAAACAGAGACUGGAAUUGGUGAAAGCGGAUCUGAUGGAGGAAGGAAGCUUUGAUGAUGCCAUCAUGGGAUGUGAUGGUGUCUUCCACACUGCUUCUCCUGUUUCGACACCUACUUCUGAUCCCAAGGCUGAAAUCUUGGACCCAGCAAUUAAGGGCACCUUAAACGUGUUAAGUUCAUGUAAGAAGAGUCCCAGCCUUAAGAGAGUUGUUCUGACAUCGUCUUCAGCAGCUUUAAGAGCAAGAGAUGAUUUUGACUCUACAAUUCCAUUGGAUGAAUCAUCUUGGAGCUCUGUUGAACUGUGCGAAAGCCUUCAGCUUUGGUAUGCAUUAUCAAAAACACUAGCUGAGAAGGCAGCGUGGGAGUUUGCCAAGGAGAACAAGAUCGAUCUAGUUACUGUCCUUCCCUCCUUCGUCAUUGGACCCUGUCUACCAUUCGACUUAUGUUCUACUGCCAUUGAUGUCAUUAAUUUGUUAAAAGGUGAUUCUGUGACAUUCUCGUGGCAUGGAAGGAUGGGUUAUGUUCAUAUCGAUGAUGUAGCACUCACCCACAUCCAUGUUUAUGAAGACAAAACUGCUACUGGAAGAUACCUCUGUUGCUCCACGGUAUUGGAAAACAUUGAGCUGGCAUCCUUGCUAUCAAACCGAUACCCAUCACUUCCUAUUCCAAAAAGGUUUAAGCCCACUCCGCAGUCUAGAGCCUAUUAUGAAUUGAACACAUCUAAGGUUAAGAGCUUGGGCUUCAAUUUCAAAAGCAUUGAAGAGAUGUUUGAUGAUUGUAUUGCGUCGCUCAAGGAACAAGGCCAUAUAUAAUCUCAUUUUAUAAUCUCUGGAGGAGGCUUCUCUUAUAUAUCUAAGUUACAAUAUAC